GUUCAUUGCACCACACGCAAAGCAACGAAACAACUAGUCCAAGAGAGCAACUGAGUACGUAGCAACGCGCCCAUGGCCUCCACGCCGACGAGCUUCGUGGCCGUGGCGCUCCUCAUGGCCGUCAUGCUCAGCACGUGCGGUGCUGCGCGCCUCCUCGCCGACAUCCCGGCCUUGCCCGAACCGACGCUGCCGGCCUUGCCCCUGGUCGUUCCCACGGUCCCUGCCGUGCCAGGCGGCGUCGUGCCCACCGUGCCGGAAGUGCCGACGGUGCCGCUGCCAACAGUACCCAGCGGCGUCGUGCCAACCAUCCCGACGGUUCCCACCGUGCCGGAGGUGCCGACGGUGCCCACCGUGCCAGGUGUGCCGGCGGUGCCGCUGCCAACAGUACCCGGCGGCGUGGUGCCGACCGUCCCGACGGUUCCCACCGUGCCGGAGGUGCCGACGGUGCCCACUGUGCCAGGUGUGCCGGCGGUGCCGCUGCCAACAGUACCCGCCGUGCCGACCAUCCCGACAGUUCCCGCCGUGCCAGGCGUGCCGACGGUGCCGCUGCCGGCAGCACCCGGCGCCGUCGUGCCCACAGUGCCAACCGUGCCAGGCGUGCCAACGUUGCCUCUGCCGUCGAUGCCGUCCAUCCCCGGUGACCUGCCCAUGGUACCAGUGCCAUUACCACCGGUUCCGUCCAUCCCCGGCGACCUGCCCAAGCUGCCGGUGCCUCUGCCGCCUCUGCCGUCCCUUCCCGACCUGCCCAAGGUGCCACUGCCGCCGAUGCCGUCCAUCCCUGGCGUGCCUAAGAUACCACUGCCGUCUGUUCCGGGUGUGCCGGCCGUGCCGUAGUUCCUCCUCAGCCGACGCACUAGAGGAGUAUAUAUACGUACGUCAUGACCGUGCAUGCACGAGUGUGGGCGGUCGUUGUUGCCCUACCCGAUUUACGAGUGUAAUAUAACUUUGACUUGACAGCAUUUGUUUGAGCACUACAUGUACAAGUCAAAGUACGUGCAAGAGAGAGGGAAAAAAAGUGAAGUACUCUCUUGUGUGCGUGUGGUCUAUUUGCAAGUGAGUGUGGUGUGGAUGUAUAAUGUUUACCUGUCUAUACUUGUCCCUUUAUGUCAUUAGGUGGGAGUCAUUCUUUGUAUAGGCUAGGGGUAUUGCUCCAUUUUGUACGUGUGUGCACUGUAUGUUGUUUUCUUUUCACUUGUAUCAAUAUACGCACUAUUGAUGCAGGUAUCAUAAGUUUCAAAAGCUUGCCUUUGCCUUUA